CCGAUCCCGCGUCAUGCGUCGUACACGUCAACGCCCCGCAAAGACGCGGACGAAGCGAUGGGCCGCAAACAGAAGAAGCGGAGCGCGUCGAGCAAGUCGGCGCUCGUGAGUGGGAGCGAGUAUUCGCACGACGAGGAGGCGCUGGCGUCGGGCAGGAAGGAGGGCAAGUUUUUGAACCGGGUGAGGAGGAUCAGCCUCGUGGGCCGGCACAAGUCGUCGAAGAGCAUCUCGACUCAUCGAGACGCUCCGGAGGACCGGAAUGCGCGCGUAUCCCUUACUGACCCCAGGGAGCGCGUUGGCCAGAUACCGAUGAUGCCUGCCUCCCAGCUCAAGACGCCGGAACAGAAAGAGCAGCUCUUGCCACCCAUCGAGCUUCAGCCUCCUUCACCCCCAGAUCGGAACAGCGAGCGAAGUCGCCUUACCGCAUCCUCUUCCGAACCUGCUCCUUCCGUGUCUUUCGAAGCUUUUGGCACCGAUCCGAUCCACAACACGACGCAGCGUGCAAAGUCGCCGAUGUCCAUUAUCAAAGCGCCCGGCUCGCCAACGCAUUACGCAUCUCUUGGGCGCUCGACCCCGGUUUCUGCCAUCACGGGGACGGCGUCUAACGUCCCGAGGCGGAACUCGUUGGGCGACCUCAAGAUCCCGGCAAGGAUCAGUCAGGCGCAAGUAGGUCUCAGGCGCGACUUGGGGAUGGUGAGGGAGUUUGCGGCUAGCGUCGAAGCCCUUAAGAGUCUUCAGGACGCCUAUCGUGCCCUUGUGCGCGAAGUCCAAGCCAUACUGGAGACUCCCGAAUCGCCGUCCCGCGCUACCUCUCCUACAACUGGCUUCCGUAUCGGGCGCCGUCGCGCACGUUCGAAUGCCAACCCUCCGACGGCGCCAGAACAGACGCACAAGGAGCUCGCGAACGCAUUCGGCACGAUCGACUCCAAGUAUCGCAUCGCUUGGGAAUGCGCCGAGCUACUUAUCGAGCUUGGCGGCGGUCCGCCUGCCCCGGCUGCGGCUCCACCUUCUAGCGUUUCCGCCCCUGCUGAUAUGCACGCACAUGCUCAGGGGCAGGCAGCAACGGAUGGGCAGAAGAAGGGGAGGGAGAGAGCGAUCACUCUCGCGGGCGAUGACCGAGGAUCGAAGCCACCUACUCCAACGUUCAAUGGCCCGCCGGCUGCUAUUGUUCCUCCUCCUUCAUGGCGGGCAUCUACUGGGCGACAUGACCUUAGUCAGCGACAGCUGCUCCUUCUUCGCGACAUGCUCCAAAGCUCAGAAGGCUCCUCCUUGAGCCCGCCGAUCUCGUCGACCCCCGUUAUGGAGGAGCCCGUCGUCAAUCGGGCGUGGAGGUGGGGAGACGCCAUGAACAGCACAAUCACUCUGCCGUCGGAGGAGGGAAAUUCGGUGUCUGUGCCGUCGCCGUUGAGGAAGCAGCGCAGCCACCGCUUGGGUAUGCGUGGGUUCAGGGACAUGCUCAAGUCCCUCCGAAAGGGAGUCGUAGAGCAUCAGCAUCAACAACCGACCCUUCCGCUGCCUUCGCCAGAGCACAUACGUGAUCAUGCGCAGCUACCAGGGCGGCGUCGGGCGAAGACAAGCUCAGGUCCGGACACCGUCCAUUCCAACAGUUUGCGCUCGCCAUAUGGCACUCAAGUUUCGCUUUCCAACCACAAGUCCUCUCCGCGUCGCCCCUCGCUCGCAUCUAUCUUCCGGCUCGGACAACGCAGCAAGUCGAACGCGGGCGGGGGUAGCUCUGACAAUAUGGCGAGCACGCGGAGCGCCAGCAGCCACUCUGCGCAGGCCAGCACGUCGUCAGAGGAGGAGGACUGGGAUCGGAUGGACUCGGCGAGCGACAUGGACACCGCAGCCGAGGCGUUGCAUAUGAGCGGAGACGGCACGGGCACGGUUAAGAUGAUGUCACACGGGAAACGGCCCCGGAGGCCGCCAAUCCUUGUUCCAACCGGAUCCGGAUCGAGGACGGACGUCAGCUCAGAGGGUGCAGCCAAAUCCGGCCGCUCGGCAUCGACAACGCCCGUCUCGGCGAUGGCGAGCGCGUCGAGAUCGAGCAUCUGGGACGAAUCGCAGUCGUCGCAUCAUUCGCAAGGUCAGGCGCGAACGACGCGGCUGUCCAACGUCGACGAACGGGACGAGCACGAUCGGGAGCGACGUGGGCUCACGCCUCGCAAACCCAAGAGCAAGGCCCGGCCAGGGACCGAGCCUGUUCCAAGCUUGCCGUCUCAUUCUGGCUCGGUGCGGUCCGUGCCCCCGCCGUCGGCGCAUUCGGCGGACAACGUCGGGUUCGCGCUGGCAAUGACGCCGGAGAAUAUCAAGCCGCUGUUGGAUAACGCGCGGGAGGUGCAGGCACGGCUGCAGGACUGCGUAGGCGAGGUGAAGACGCUACUUCAAGCGCGGAACCAACGGCCCUCUUGAAAUAUAUAAUUUGCGGACAUGGAACGGAGGGUGUGUGGACGAUCGCUUUGUGGCGCUUUCUCGCUGUCUCGUUAUCUCGCUUAUCGUUGUUCAUGAUGUAUCUC